AUGUUUCAGAGAGACCAAAUUUCAAGCUGGAACUUCUUGUCGACAGGGAGAAGGACAAGGUUGUCUAGGCCGAGGCUGCUUGUUAGAGGACUUGGUUAUGAAAAUCUUGACAAGCUGGAGAGGAUCUCUUGUGGUAUGAUGACAAGAUUGACUGGUGACAUGCCAACCCUCACUUCCAUGCAAGCUAGAUGUGAAGCAGAACCAAAUGAAGUUGUGUCACUCACUGUAUUUGUUCAGGACAGGAAGGUUAUUUGUGCUGCAAGCGGACCUGAUACCGUACCGGGACGCCUUGACAACUUUUGUACAAGCAUGAAGACCUUGUUCUCUACCGGAGAUGUAGUUUGCACAUGUAUGCUUCCUCUGGAGUAUAGCUUCCAGAAAUCGUUGCUCGGAAGUUCUGAUCCCGAACGGACACCUAAUGAUCUCAGUGGCUUUGUGAAUAGAUGGCCAACAUACAUGAUCUUAGAUGAUCUUACCAUCAAAUCUGUAAACUCGACUUCAGCAGCUUGCUUUCUAAUGGAGUUGGACGUGCGCUUACAAGAGGACUUCAAGUUGGUUUGUUCUGAGUCAGUAUUGUUCUCUUUUCCUAUUGUUUAA